AUGGCGGAGGCAGCCAGCGUUGCGGAGCGCCGUGCGGGCCUCGAGCAGGCCCUCGCGCGCAUCCGCCACCACACGACAUCCAAGCUGGAGAACCAGCGCGCGCCUGCGCAGCUGCUCGCCGCGAUCGAGGCGACACUCGCGGAGCGCGCGGCCGCCGACGCCACCGAGGAGGCGGGCGGACCGACCGCCUACCUCCUCGCACUCGAGAGCCUGCUCGGCGCCGAGUCGGUCACACCGGAUGUGCACGCAUCCGCCGUGUACCUGCUCGCAACCGUGCUGCCGCACGUCGCGCCGGGCGUCGUGCGUGCCAAGAGCGUGGCACUGCUGAGCGCCGUCGCUGCGCCACUCGCCGAGCCGCACGGCGCCAGCGAGCACAUGAACGCGCGCAUCCGCGCGGCGCUCGGCGUCGUCGAGGCGCUCCUCGAGCAUGUGCCGCCGCACGACCGCACGACGCUCGAGCGCGAGCGCACGUGGACGACGGUGUGGGACCUCGUGCUGGCGCUGUGCAUCGACGCGCGCCCGAAGGUGCGCCGCCGCGCGCACGAGCUCGUCGCGCAUGUGCUGGGCCUCCCCGCAUGGAAGCACAACCACCCGUACGCCGCGCGCACGAUGCGCUGGGCGGCGCAGACGCUCGAGCGCGUCGCGGCCGCGCGCGGCGUGGCCUCGACCAAGACACGCAUCGACUACGACAAGAAGAGCGGGCAGGCGAAGAAUGCCAAGCGCGCCGCGCUCGAGCGCCAGCAGAGCGCCGCCGACGGCGCAGCGAGCACGGGCAUCUGGGUGUCGGCGCUCCUGCAGAUGCUCGUCCCCUUCGUGCCCGUGGACGCCACGGCGCCGCUCGUGCCCGCGCUGCUCGCGCUGCCCGCGCUGUCGAACCCGUUCCUGACGCUCGCCGUGUACGACGUCUUCGCCGCGCUCUUCCGCGCGCCCGUGCAGAGGAGCGCGCUCGACGCCAUCGACGAGGCGCCGCGGCGCGACGCUACCCUCGUGCGCCAGACGAUUCAGGCCCUGCGCGAGCCGGCGCAUGUGCCCGCGCACACCGACGUGCAGACGCUCCCCGCGUACCUGCGCGUGCUCGAGUCGUGCAUGGUCGCCUACUCGGCGGCCGAUCCGGCGGCCGCGUGGGCCGCGACGCCCGCGCUGUGGGCGGACGUGCUGCACGUCGGCCUGUCGGCGCACUCGGACGCGGCGCGUGCGUCGGCGGACGUGCGCCUGGCCGCGCGCUCGCUGCUCCAGGGCCUCGCGCGCUACUGCGUCACGGACGCGGCCGUGGCCGCGGCGCUGGACGGGGCGUCGGCGCCGCUCUCGACGCUGAUCGCGUCUCUGCGCGACGCGCUCGGCGCGCAUGCGCUCACGUACACACAGGCGCGCGGGGACGUGCUGCAGGUGCUCGCGAGCCUCGUGACGCGGCUGCGCGUGCCGCUCGAGGCCGGCGCGGCGCCGCCGGCCGUGCCGCUGCUCCUCGACACGGUCGAGCAGGUCGCCGCGCUGCGCACGCAGCGGCACUUUGACGCGCGCGCGGAGGCGGAUGCUGUGCUGGGCGCGGCGAUCGCCGCGUGCGGGCCGCGCGCGGUGCUCGCGCGCCUGCCGCUGCAGCUGCUCGACGGGGGCCGCCCUGCGACGCAUGGACGAGGCCGUGCGUGGCUGCUGCCGCUGCUGCGCGCGCACACGACGAACACGGAGCUCGCGCACUUUGUGGACGAGUUUGUGCCGCUGAGUGAGGCGCUCUUCGAGCUGCGCGUGCAGGCGGAGCAGCCGUCGGACGGCAGCGCGGCGCGCCCGGUGGAAGCCAAGGUGAUGGAGGCGCUGAUCGAGCAGAUCUGGGCGUGCUUCCCGGGCUACUGCGACCUGGCGCGCGACGUGGACGUGGCGCUGACGCCGGCGGUGCUCGAGCUGCUCGUGCAGGUGCUGCGCACGCAGCGCGCGCUGCGCCCGGCGGUGCUGCAGGGUCUCGCGCUGCUGGUGCAGCGCACCGAGUCGCUGAUCGCCUCGCAUGCGCCGCCUGCGCAGCUGCGGCGCGAGGUCGGCGUGGACCAGGCGGACGGGCAGCGCUUCCUCGCGCACCUGCGGCAGCUGGCCGCGCCGCUGCUCGCCGCGCUCUUCCAGCUGCUGGCCGAGCUGCCGUCGCAGGCGCGCGGCCCGGUGAUGGAGUGCAUGGGCGUGUAUCUGGCGAUCCUCGAUGCGCCGAGCGUCGCCGCGGCGUUUGGCCAGGUGCGUGCGAUGCUCGAGCAGUCGCUGCAGACGUACGUGCCGUCGGCGCCUGCGCCUGGGCAGCCCGAGGCGAACAGUCCGCGGUACGUGCCGCCGGUGCCGCACACGAUGCUGGACCUGUGCGUGGCGCUCGUGCCGUACGUGCGUGGCGCCGAGGCGCGCGCGCUCUUUGAUCUGGCGUCGAGCGUGCUGCCCAAGGCCGACGGCGGCCUGCAGAAGAAGGCGUACCGCGUGCUCGGCCGCCUCCUGCGGGGCAGCGAGGCGCCGGCGCUGCGCGCGCACUAUGGCGUGUCGGCGCUCCUGCGGGCGUGGGCCGCGCUCGACGUGCAGCCGGGCGCGGUGCGCGACCGGCUGCAGCUGCUCGAGGCGCUCGUGGCGCAUGUGCCGCCGGCCGAGCUCGGUGUGCUCAGCGCGCUGGUGCCCGAGGCGGUGCUGGGGACGAAGGAGGCGAACCAGGGCGCGCGCGGCGCGGCGUACGAGCUGCUCGUGCAGAUGGGCCACCGCCUGCAGGCGGGCGGUACGAUCGACCGGGCGCAGGCGGGCGUCGCGGACGGCGUCGUCGAGGCGUCUGCGAACGAGUUCGUGAUGAUGGUCGUCGCGGGCCUGGCCGGCGCGAGCCCGCACAUGAUGGGCGCGACGAUCGCGGCGCUCGCGCGUCUGCUGUACGAGUUUGCCGCGGUGCUGCCGGCCGAGACGGUGUCGGAGCUGCUGGCGACGAUGCUCGUGUUCCUCGAGAGCACGAACCGCGAGAUCAUCAAGGGCGCGCUGGGCUUCUGCAAGGUCGCGCUCGUCGUGCUGCCGCCGGCGUCGGUCGAGGCGGCGCUGCCGACGCUCGUGCCCGCGCUGAUGCAGGUGCAGAACGUGCACAAGAACCACUUCAAGGGGCGUGUGCGCCACAUGCUCGAGCGCCUCUUGCGCCGGUAUGGCGAGGCGGCGGUGCGCGCGCACGUCGGCGAGGAGCACCAGCGGCUGAUCACGCAUAUCCGCAAGCGCAAGGAGCGCGCGCGGCGCCGCCGCGCGCAGGAGGCCGACGAGGCGGCGACCGAGGCGGCCAAGCCGCGUGAUCUCGGCACCGACGCGUUCGAGGAGGCGCUGUACGGCAGUGCGUCCGAGUCGGACGACGAGCCGGACGACGAGCCGGCGGCGCGCCCGCGGCGCGCGCGCCAGCGCCACCGCGAGGACGACACGUACCUCGUGGAAGACGACGACAUGCCGGUGGACCUGCUGGGCGAGCAGGCGACGACGGUGCGUCCGCGCGCGCGCGCGGCGCGGCGGCAGCCGGGCGAGGAGGCGCGGACGUUUGAGACGGACGAGGCGGGGCGUCUGCGCAUCCCCGGCGACGAGGCGGCGGCGGAGGCGGCGGCGCCGGCCGACGACGUGGACGCGCAGGCGGGCGACGCGUACCUGGCCAAGUCGCGGGGUGUGGACGGCUAUACGGUGGGCCGCGGCGGCGCGGUGAAGUUCAACAAGAACACGAAGCGGACGCGCGCGAGCGAGCGCGAGGACGACGACGACGAGGCGCCCGCGCCGAGCGAAGCGCGCCGCCGGCCGAAGCGCAGCAAGCAGGCGAUCGGUGCCGAGUUCAAGGCGCGCCCCCGUACGCGUAUGUGCCGCUGUCGUCUGUGA